UCCUUUCAUCGCCGGCGACAGACUGUUGUCGUGCGAUCCGUAACGUUGAAUGUAAAGCAGCGAAUUUCGCUGUGAUAGUGUCGUGCACCAUGACGGACACUCACGAGACCCUUCAGCUGAAGGGUGUGCUUGAGGGGCACAAUGGCUGGGUCACCCAGAUUGCCUCCAACCCCAAGUACCCGGACAUGAUCCUGUCGUCGUCUCGCGACAAAUCGCUGAUCAUGUGGAAGCUGACGCGGGACGAGAACACGUACGGCGUGCCGCAGAAGCGCCUACAGGGCCACAGCCACUUUAUCACCGACGUGGUCAUGUCGUCCGACGGCAACUACGCCCUCUCGGGCUCCUGGGACAAGACGCUGCGCCUCUGGGACCUGCAGACCAGCAACACCACGCGCAGGUUCGAGGGCCACACCAAGGACGUGCUGUCGGUGGCGUUCUCGGCUGACAACCGCCAGAUCAUCUCGGGCGCGCGCGACAAGACGGUGAAGCUGUGGAACACGCUGGCCGACUGCAAGUACACGAUCCAGGACGACGGCCACUCGGACUGGGUCAGCUGUGUGCGCUUCUCGCCGAGCACCUCCAACCCGCUGAUCGUCAGCGCCGGCUGGGACAAGAUGGUCAAGGUGUGGAACCUGGCCAACUGCAAGCUGAAGACCAACCACGGCGGCCACCACGGCUACCUCAACACCAUCACCAUCUCGCCCGACGGCUCGCUCUGCGCCUCCGGCGGCAAGGACGCGCGCGCCAUGCUGUGGGAUCUGAACGACGGCAAGCACCUGUACACGCUGGACCACACGGAGACCAUCAACUCGCUGGUGUUCUCGCCGAACCGCUACUGGCUGUGCGCCGCCACCGGGCCGUCGGUCCGCAUCUGGGACCUGGAGGGCAAGCAGAUGGUGGAGGAGCUGAAGCCGGAGGUGGUGAACCUGUCGGCCAAGGGCGACCUGCCGCAGUGUCUCAGCCUCGCCUGGUCCGGCGACGGCCAGACCCUGUUCGCCGGCUACUCGGACAACAAGAUUCGGGUGUGGCAGGUGUCCAUCACGUCUCGGUAGUGUUUGUGGACGCGAGCGCGCCGAGAGAAACAAUACACGGACGAUCGGACCGGAACGGUCGGC